AUGCGGUGUUCUGGGAAUCGUCUAGCGGUGAUUCUGGAAGAUGCCGCAGACAAGGAGCUAUAUUCGACAUUCUGGAGCGAUCUAGAAGGGCGAGGCUAUAACCUCUUCUUUAAGUCCCCCAAGGACAAGGGGUUUUCCCUGUUUGAGUAUGGAGAGAAAGCAUACGACCACCUCCUGAUACUUCCUCCUCGGUCUAAAGGAUUUGGACCUUCGUUGACCCCCAAGAACAUCGUCGACUUUAUGAGCAAGGAGGGCAAUGUUCUCCUCGCCCUCUCCGGCAAGUCCACAACACCCAGCGCUAUCAGCUCCCUCCUUCUGGAGCUUGAUCUCCAUUUGUCCUCGGACCGUUCCUCAGUCGCCAUCGACCACUUCAAUUAUGAUACCAUUUUUGCCGCGGAUAAGCAUGACGUUCUACUUCUUCAGCGGCCGGGCCAGCUAAGACCUGAUACCAAGGCUUUCUUCGAUGGCGAAGGUGUCCUAGCAUUGCCGACGGCUUCUCCUCAUACUCUGGGUGAUUCCAGCUCACUAAUUGCGCCUAUCCUGCGCGCCCCGGCGACCACUUACAGCUACAACCCGAAAGACGACUCGCCCUCGGUAGAGGAUGUUGUGGCUACCGGCUCUCAACUGGCGCUCGUCUCUGCCAUGCAAGCUAGAAACUCUGCCCGCUUUACCCUGUUAGGAUCCGUGGAUAGUCUCCAAGACAAGUGGUUCUCUGCGAUUGUGAAGGCGCCGGGUGACAGAAAAGAAACCAAGACCGUCAACAGGGAGUUUGCCAAACAGCUCACCGCUUGGACUUUCAAGGAGACCGGGGUUCUCAAGGUUGGCAAAAUUGAGCACCACCUCGCCAAGGAUGGGGAUAUUGAUGCGGAUGAGCUCAACCCCAAGAUCUACCGUAUUAAGAAUGAUACAGUUUUCAGCAUCGAAAUUUCCGAGUACGACCACGACCGAUUCGUGCCAUUCGAAGUUCCUUCCAAUGACGCCCUACAGCUUGAAUUUACCAUGCUCUCUCCUUUCCACCGCCUUGAUCUCCAACCCUCUCGCCGAACUAAAAAUAGCACCGUGUAUAGCACCCGCUUUACUAUUCCCGACCAACAUGGAAUUUUCUCUUUCCGUGUGAACUACAAGCGUCCUUUCUUCACCAACAUUGAAGAAAAGCACGAAGUAACUGUCCGCCACUAUGCCCACGAUGAGUAUCCCCGCAGCUGGAGGAUCUCCGGAGGAUGGGUUUGGAUUGCUGGCCUGUGGUCUGUUAUCGGCGGAUUCUUGACCUUUGUGGUUGUGUGGCUCUACUCUGCUCCACCUUCGACUGCUGCGCAAGCGACUAAGACGCAGUAA